UCAGGGUUGGACAGUGAAUCAGGGAAGUACGGGUGCUGCAGAAUUUGUGGCUGCCAAUCGGGAUUUGCAAGCACAUCUGGAAGGAUACUAGGGGCUCUACGGCCUUGUGUGUGUGAAUUCUUGGUGGCUGCAGGACAAUACUUGUGCUCGCCACCACAACUGCUUGUACUGCACUUAUGGGACUCACCACGUCACCAAGUGAUACUGCAGUGCUGGUAUGUGAAAGACGAGUAUGUACUAGACCGCUGGUGCUCGCCAGUUCACCAAAAGGUAGCGCAGCACUAGUACUGGCACUCUGCUGCAUAUGAGAGUCAUCA